AUGACAGUUUUCCUUUCCUUUGCUUUCCUCGCUGCUAUUCUGACUCACAUAGGGUGCAGCAACCAGCGCCGAAGUCCAGAAAACGGUGGGAGAAGAUAUUACCGGAUUCAACAUGGGCAAUGUGCCUACACUUUCAUUCUUCCAGAACACGACGGUAACUGUCGUGAGAGUACGACAGACCAGUACAACACAAACGCUCUGCAGAGAGAUGCUCCACACGUGGAACAGGAUUUCUCUUCCCAGAAACUUCAACAUCUGGAGCAUGUGAUGGAAAAUUAUACUCAGUGGCUGCAAAAAAUUGAGAAUUACAUUGUGGAAAAUAUGAAGUCGGAGAUGGCUCAGAUACAGCAGAAUGCAGUUCAGAACCACACGGCCACCAUGCUCGAGAUAGGGACCAGCCUCCUCUCUCAGACCGCAGAGCAGACCAGGAAGUUGACAGAUGUUGAGACCCAGGUACUAAAUCAAACUUCUCGACUUGAAAUACAACUGCUGGAGAAUUCAUUAUCAACAUACAAGCUAGAGAAACAACUUCUUCAACAGACAAAUGAAAUCUUAAAGAUUCAUGAGAAAAACAGUUUAUUAGAACAGAAAAUCUUUGAAAUGGAAGGAAAGCACAAGGAAGAACUGGACACCUUAAAGGAAGAGAAAGAGAAUCUUCAAGGCUUGGUUACUCGUCAAACAUAUAUAAUCCAGGAGCUGGAGAGACAAUUGAACAGAGCCACCACCAAUAACAGUGUCCUUCAGAAGCAGCAGCUGGAGCUGAUGGACACAGUCCAUAGCCUUGUCAACCUCUGCACUAAAGAAGUUUUACUAAAGGGAGGAAAAAAAGAGGAAGAAAAGCCAUUUAGAGACUGUGCAGAUGUAUAUCAAGCUGGUUUUAAUAAAAGUGGAAUCUACACUAUUUAUAUUAAUAAUAUGCCAGAACCCAAAAAGGUAUUUUGCAAUAUGGAGCUCAAUGGGGGAGGUUGGACUGUAAUACAGCAUCGUGAAGAUGGAAGUCUAGAUUUCCAAAGAGGUUGGAAAGAAUAUAAAAUGGGUUUUGGAAAUCCCUCUGGUGAAUAUUGGUUGGGGAACGAGUUUAUUUUUGCCAUAACCAGUCAGAGGCAGUACACUCUAAGAAUUGAGUUAUUGGACUGGGAAGGAAACCGAGCCUAUUCACAAUACGACAGAUUCCACAUAGGAAAUGAAAAGCAGAACUACAGGUUGUAUUUGAAGGGUCACACUGGGACAGCAGGAAAACAGAGCAGCCUGAUCUUGCAUGGUGCUGAUUUCAGCACUAAAGAUGCUGAUAAUGACAACUGCAUGUGCAAAUGUGCCCUCAUGCUAACAGGAGGCUGGUGGUUUGAUGCCUGUGGCCCAUCCAAUCUAAAUGGAAUGUUUUAUACAGCGGGACAGAACCAUGGAAAGCUGAAUGGAAUAAAAUGGCAUUAUUUCAAAGGGCCCAGUUACUCCUUACGUUCCACAACUAUGAUGAUUCGACCUUUGGACUUUUGA